AUGAGAGUCAAGCGUUUACUCACAUGGCUCAAGAGACACUUUGCGGGUUUAUGUGGAGAACAUCACCUCGAGACUCUAGCUCCAUUCAUAUGCCAAAUAAUAUACAUAUAUAUAUAUACACACACGCAAAAUAUUUAUUUGUAUAUAUAUAUAUAACAAAUUAAAUAAAUUAAAAUAUAUAUACACAUAUAUAUAAAAAAAUAUAUAUAUACACACAUAGAUAUAUAUAAAUAAGAAAUAAAUAUACAUAUUGAAAAAUUGUAUAUAUAUAUACAAAUAUAAAUGUAAAUAAAUACACAAAUAUAUAUAUUAUUUAAUUAUAUAUAUUUUUAAAUCAUACUACUCUAAUAUGUUACGAUAUUAAACGUUUAUUCAAAGGUUCUCACUAACAGAUCUGUGAUCAGAUGCUUCAUUCUCUCUUUUGAGAAUCUGGCGUGUUUGAAGAGAACAAAGAAAAGUGAAGAGGAUGAAAUAUUCUAUAUAAAGCCGACAGAUUAUUUGACUCCUUAAAGAUGAACCUCAAACACGCGAAAACGACGAUGAAGAACACUCUGCUGCUCGUCCGUGAGCGUGUGACCUGCAGUCAGUGUGGAGCGUCGGCACCGGACACCGGUGUGAUUAGUACUGCACCGUUAGUGGUCCACACAUCAAAUAACUCCACAGCCUCGUCACAUCCAGAAGUUUAUUUAUCCAACGUUUAUUGAACAAAGAGACGGAAUCAGAACAAGUUUCAUCCACCGAAUGUUAUCCAAUCCACAUCCGUUGGUUUGUAGGCCUGAAAGACGACACGAGUGCUUCCUGCCGCCGGAGGCAGCACUAAAGACGUAGCCGCUAAAGGCGUAGCCCGGCAGCGCUAACGGUAUUAAUGUUUCAGGUGUUAUCGCGUUGGAGUAAAAUAAAGUGACACAUGAUGAUGAGGAAGAUGAAGUUCUAGAGACGGCAGAACAAAGUGCUUCAUGAGCUCUACGGAGGUCAGAGAGGGAUUCUUCAGAGCCGAGAGGCGGCAGCACAAACCUCUGGAGGUCACGCCUCUGGAGGUCACACCUCUGGAGGUCACGCCUCAGGAGGUCAAGCCUCUGGAGGUCACGCCUCUGGAGGUCAAACCACUGGAGGUCAUGCCUCUGGAGGUCACGCCUCUGGAGGUCAAACCUCUGGAGGUCACGCCUCUGGAGGUCACGCCUCAGGAGGUCACGCCUCUGGAGGUCACGCGUCUGGAGGUCAAACCUCUGGAGGUCACGCUUCAGGAGGUCAAGCCUCUGGAGGUCAUGCCUCUGGAGGUCACGCCUCAGGAGGUCAAACCUCUGGAGGUCACGCCUCAGGAGGUCAAACCUCUGGAGGUCACGCCUCAGGAGGUCACGCCUCUGGAGGUCAAACCUCUGGAGGUCACGCCUCAGGAGGUCACGCCUCUGGAGGUCAAGCCUCUGGAGGUCACGCCUCAGGAGGUCAAACCUCUGGAGGUCACGCCUCUGGAGGUCACGCCUCAGGAGGUCAGCGAGCCGACAGUACUUGCAGCAAACACAAGACGCUUCAAAGUGCUUAAGGAGGAGUGAGACCCUCA